CCGCACUUAGGUUCCUGUAGGCGGAAAUUCGGCAGCUUCCGGUCCAGAAUAGGGCCUGCGGUAGGAGGGGGAAGGAAAGAGGAGGGAACCAUGCGAGCUUCUGAUAUCCGCGAUGAGGGUCGCCUCGAGAGGCUGUUUCUGAGCAGGAAUUACGAAAUCCCCAACACUUCCUCCCUCUGGGGGAUUUGAUCCCCCAUGGCCACCGAUAACAGCAUCAUUGUGCUGGAUGAUGAUGACGAAGAUGAAGCAGCUGUUCAGCCAGGGCCCUCCCACCCACUCCCCAAUCCGACCUCACCCCGGGCAGAAGCCCCUGGCUCCUCUCAGUCCCAUGGGGCUGGAGGGAACAGUAGUUCGGGCGGCAAGAAAUGCUACAAGUUGGAGAAUGAGAAGCUGUUUGAAGAGUUCCUUGAACUGUGUAAGGCGCAGACAGCAGACCACCCUGAUGUGGUCCCAUUCCUCUAUAAACGGCAGCAGCGUGCCCAUUCACUGUUUUUGGCGUCAGCGGAGUUCUGCAACAUCCUCACCCGGGUCCUGUCUCGGGCCCAGAGCCGGCCAGCUAAGCUCUAUGUGUACAUUAAUGAGCUCUGCACUGUUCUCAAGGCUCAUUCAGCCAAGAAAAAGCUGAAUCUGGCCCCCGCUGCCACCACCUCUAGUGAGUCCUCUGGGAAUAACCCUCCUGCAGACCCCUCCUCGGACCCCACGAAUGCUGAGACCACUGGCUCUGAGGCCCCAAGGACCCGUGGUUCCCGGCGGCAGAUCCAGCGCUUGGAGCAGCUGUUAGCACUGUAUGUGGCUGAGAUUCGGCGGCUGCAGGAAAAGGAACUGGAUCUCAAAGAAUUGGAUGACCCAGACUCCACAUACCUGCAGGAGGCAAGGUUGAAGAGGAAGCUGAUCCGCCUCUUUGGGAGGCUGUGUGAGCUGAAAGACUGUUCUUCACUGACAGGCCGAGUCAUAGAACAGCGCAUUCCCUACCGUGGCACCCGCUACCCAGAGGUUAACAGGCGUAUUGAGCGACUCAUCAACAAGCCAGGGCCUGAUACCUUCCCUGACUAUGGAGAUGUGCUGCGGGCUGUGGAAAAGGCAGCUGCUCGCCACAGCCUUGGCCUCCCCCGACAGCAGCUCCAGGUCAUGGCUCAGGAUGCCUUCCGAGAUGUGGGCAUCAGGCUACAGGAGCGACGCCACCUUGAUCUCAUCUACAACUUUGGCUGUCACCUCACAGAUGACUAUAGGCCAGGCAUUGACCCCGCACUGUCAGAUCCCACCCUAGCCCGGCGCCUUCGGGAAAACCGGAGCUUGGCUAUGAGCCGGCUGGAUGAAGUCAUCUCCAAAUAUGCGAUGAUGCAAGAUAAGAGUGAGGAGGGCGAGAGACAGAAGAGAAAAGCCCGGCUCCCCCAAGCUACCUCUUCCCACUCUGCAGACCCCCCCAAAGUCUCCUUGGAUUCUGGUGAGGGCCCUAGUGGAAUGGUAUCCCAGGAAUGCCCUACCUCCUCCAAGGCUGAGACAGAUGACGAAGAAGAUGAGGAAAGUGAGGAAGAGGAAGAAGAAGAGGAGGAGGAUGAAGAGGAAGCCACAGAUUCCGAAGAAGAGGAUUUGGAACAGAUUCAGGAAGGUCAGGAGGAUGAUGAAGAGGAAGAUGAGGAAGGAGGUAAAGAUGGAGACAAAAGCCCCAUGUUCCCACCACAGAUAUCCACUGAAAAGAACCUGGACCCUAGCAAAGGGAUCAACAUGUCUUUGGGGGAUCAGCAAAACAAAGGACCCAUAGCAUCACCAUCUUCACUGUCAGAAAAGCCCCUAGCCCCUUCCAGUAUAGAUGCUGAAAGCAACGGAGAAUACCUCGAGGAGUUGCCCCUGGAGAAAGAGAGCCCUGUGUCUCAGGUCUUUGAGCUAGAGAUCGAAGCCUUGACUGUGGAUAACACCCCGUCCCCUGAGGAAGGGGAUACUUCCUCUUCCAGGAAGCAGUCAGAGGACCCCCUUACCACUGUCUUGGAAAAUGGAGCAGCCAUAGUCACCUCUACUUCCUUCAAUGGAGGUGUCUCUCCUCACACCUGGGGAGAUUCUAGUCCCCCCUGCAAGAAAUUUCGGAAGGAGAGGCAAACAGGAGCAGGGCCGUUAGGAAACAGCUAUGUGGAAGGACAAAGGGCAGUACAUGAGAAGACUGGGAAGAAGAUACAUACCCUGCCCAGCCCACCUUCCCCUUUGGCUUCCAUGGCCUCAGUUGCCGAUUCCUCAACAAGGGUGGACUCUCCUAGCCAUGGCCUGGUGACCAGUUCCCUCUGUAGCCCAUCUCCAACCCAGUUGCCCCUAACCCCCCAGUUAAAACCAUCCAAGCCUGGUACUUAUAAGAUGAGUGUGGCCACACAAUGCGAUCCAGAGGAGAUCAUCGUGCUCUCAGACUCUGAUUAGCUGCCUCCCCACCACCCGGACUCCAAAAUGUUUGGGGAUAGUAUUUGGAGAAUGGUGGGAAGCAGAUGACUGAGGAAGGGAUGGAUUGAGCUAAUUAAUCCCCUCUGGGUGGUGUUUCUUUAAAAAAAAACAACUUAAGUUUUACACAAAACAUUAAUAAACAAUAAAGUUCUUAUUGUAA